UCCAGGUGGAAAACGACAGAACUGUGUUGUUAUGUCGAUAGUGGUUGUGUCCGUUUCAACUGUAUUAUUGUAGGUAUGUAAUAGAAUGUUUAAACUUUCUAAUGUCGAAAGAAUAUAUAACAUGCUAGGUAACAAAUCCGUCAAGGUAUUUUCACGUUUGGUAAAGGUUUAAAUUGUAUGUUUUAUUUUGGGGUCAAACCGAGUGAGUGAAGAACGUGUUUAAAAACGAUUUUACAAGUCACUUAGGUAGACUUCGGGUUUGUAUGAGUGUAUGAACAUAAUUUCGUCAGUCAUUUAAAAAAGAUUCCACUUAUUUGAGUUCGUUUUUACAUGUUCUUGGUUUUGUGUAAAAUGUUGUUUAUGAGCUGGUAAAUAGCCUCGUCCGAACCAUCCUGAUCUCGCGAGUUUACAUACACUGUUUCGUAAAUGUAAGCUCGCGAGAUCAGUAUGAUUCGGACGAGGCUCUUCAAAUGGCGGCUUCAACGGUUUCGGUCGUCUCUCUCUAGGAGUUUAUUCGUGGUGAAAUGGCGACAUGAGGCUGUGUGAUGGAGUGUCAAAAUAGAGGGAAGCUAACUGAAGUUAUCCUUCUCCAUUUGGAGAGAGAGGCUAACUGCAUGGAAUGGCGUCGAUUAAUGCGGAUGAAUCGGAGCACGUAUCAAACUCAUUCCAUGGAGGACCAAGUGUCUGCGGGUUUUCGCUCCACCCUUGUGCUUGUUUAAUGAAUGAAGGUCACUAAUUAUAAAGGAACUCCCCUCAUCUGAUUGUCUAGGUUAUAAUUGAAAUGGAGAAGAAAAAAAAUACCAGCGGAGACUCGGCCCUCAAUGGAAUGAGUUUGACACCCCAUAAACAAUGGAAAUUGAGAGAGAGUUUGAGAAGCAACAGCUGCGCUGGAUUGCGAUCAAUGUGGGCGACAGUUCUGAUUAAAUGGAGCGGGAGGAUGAGGGCCUAGUAUGUGAAUGGUCUGUAGUGGAAAGACAGGAAGAACAGAGUAGUAAUGUGUCACAGUGGAAAGUUGGGAUGGUGUUUGAGGAGACAACAGGGCCUGAUUUACACCCUAUCUGAUUAACCAAGGCCAUAAAGAGAGAGGUGAAGUUAAACUGGGCUGCAUCUGUGUAAAUGAGAACUUGUUCUGAACUAUUCUACCUGGUUAAAUAAUGGUGAAAUAAAACAUUUAAGAUGGCAGAUUGUUAAUAUCAUGUGCUAGUCAGGUUCAGCAAGGGAAUAUUAUUCAAUUGGAAAAUCAUAAUGGGACGAAGCUCAGAAGCCAUGACCCUGGAGCUUAUGCUAAAUUGAAGGGAGUAAUCUCUGAGGUCCCAAUAUCUAUGUCCAUGGAUGAUAUUGUUAAAGAACAUGUGGAGACAGAGUGGUUGAAGCCUAAAGGUUGAUCAGUAGGAAAGAGAUGGUUAAAGAAGUGAAAGCUUAUCAGUGCUGUUGAGGUUUGAGAAGGUUUUGUCUGGAAAAGUACAGAAUAGGAUUCCUUAGCUUCAAUGUCAGAGAUUUUGACCCAGCCUCAUCAAUCAACCAAUCAAAUGUAUUUAUAAAGCCCUUCUUACAUCAGCUGAUGUCACAGUGCUGUACAGAAAACCAGCCUAAAACCCCAAACAGCAAGGUGUAGAAGCACAGUGGCUAGGAAAACCUCUCUAGAAAGGCCAUAACCUAGGACGAAACCUUGAGAGGAACCAGGCUAUGAGGGGUGGCCAGACCUCUUCUGGCUGGAGAUUAUAACAGAACAUGGCCAAGAUGUUCAAAUGUUCAUAGAUGACAAGCAGUGUCAAAUAAUAAUAAUCACAGUGGUUGUCGAGGGUGCAACAGGUCAGCACCUCAGGAGUAAAUGUCAGUUGGCUUUUCAUAGCCUAUCAUUCAGAGUAUCUCUACCGCUCCUGCCGUCUCUAGAGAGUUGAAAACAGCACGUCUGGUGAACAGGUCAGGCUUCCAUAGCCGCAGGCAGAACAGUUGACACUGGAGCAGCAACGGAGAAUCAUCACCGUGUUUUUAAAUGCCAAAGAAUGGGACAUGUAGCUGUUGAGUGAAAAGAUGUGCCAAGUGGCUGGUCCUGUAGUAAGAGGACCUACUGUCAGACUGAUGGAGCUUCCAUGGCUGGUCCCGUAGUAAGAGGACCUACUGUUAGACUGAUGGAGCUUCCAUGGCUGGUCCUGUAGUAAGAGGACCUACUGUCAGACUGAUGGAGCUUCCAUGGCUGGUCUUGUAGUAAGAGGACCUACUGUCAGACUAAUGGAGCUUCCAUGGUUGGUCUUGUAGUAAGAGGACCUACUGUCAGACUGAUGGAGCUUCCAUGGCUGGUCCCGUAGUAAGAGACAAGGUUAUUCAGGAAAAUAGUACAUAGUGCUGCCUGAAACAUACUGCAAUCUUGUACUAAAUGGUUUUUGAGUCAUUUAUGCAUUUAUGUGAAUUUAGGAAAUCUACUAUAGAUUAAGUGCACUUAUGUUGUGCAAUUUAAAAUGUGUACUUUGUGUCUAAUGUGAAUUAAUGUUUUGUCAAGGAUUAGCUACCUGAUCUACUGAAAUUAGAUAACUGAACAAGAAAAAUGAGAAACUAUUUUUACAGAAUAAAGUGCCAGAACUGUCAAGAAAAUAACUUUUGUGUCCGUUUGUCUUUAUUACUACAGGCCGACUCAUUAAGUGUGAAUUCGGUAAUAUCAACAGUGAGGACAAACCCAGCCUGCCUCUCUCCUUCCACACUGAGUAGAAACCUACAGUCACUGGGUCCUGAUUGUGACAGUGGAGCCCAGUUUGCACUGCAGGAUCCAGAGAUGGCAUCAGUGAAGCUGGAGGACUGCAGUCAAACACUGGAGCUGAAUGUCAACAUUAAAGAUGAAGAAGAGGAGGAUGAGAUUAGGACAACUGUUAGUCAUGGAUACCAUGUUGAGACAUUCUCUACAUCCAGAGAUCAACUGCAGGAAGAUCAGAGAGAUAAGAAGUCUCAUCACUGCCCACAUUGUGAAGAGAUUUUCCCAUUUCUAUCAAAGCUAAAAAUACACCUAAAAAUACACACAGGAGAGAAGCCUUACUCCUGCUCUGACUGUGGAAAAUGUUUCAAAACAUCAACUCAGCUAAAACUUAAUCAGAGAACACACACAGGAGAGAAGCCUUAUUACUGCUCUGACUGUGGAAAACGUUUUAAAACAUCAACUCAGCUAAAAGUUCAUCAGAGAACACACACAGGAGAGAAGCCUUAUUACUGCUCUGACUGUGGGGCGAGUUUCUCUCAUCUGGGCACCUUACAAGCACACCAACGUAUACACACAGGAGAGAAGCCUUAUUACUGUUCUGACUGUGGAACUAGUUUCUCUCAAUUUUCCCACUUAAAAACACAUGAACGUGUACAUACAGGAGAGAAACCUUACGUCUGCUCUGACUGUGGAAAAUGCUUCACAACAUCAAGUGAUCUAAAAGUUCAUCAGAGAACACACACAGGAGCGAAGCCUUAUUCUUGCUCUGAAUGUGGAAAAUGUUUUAAAACAUCAAAUGAACUGAAAGUUCAUCAGAGAACACACACGGGAGAGAAGCCUUACGUCUGCUCUGACUGUGGGAAGAGUUUCUCCCAAUUUUAUACCUUAAAAACACAUGAACGUAUACAUACAGGAGAGAAGCCUUACUCCUGCUCUGACUGUGUAAAAUAUUUCAAAACGUCAACUGAGCUAAAAGUUCAUCGGAGAACACACACAGGAGAGAAGCCGUAUUGCUGCUCUGACUGUGGAAAAUGUUUAAAAACAUUAAAUGAGCUAAAAGUUCAUCAGAGAACACACACAGGAGAGAAGCCUUACGUCUGCUUUGACUGUGGAACUAGUUUUUCUCAACUUUCCCAUUUAAAAUCACAUGAACGUAUACAUACAGGGGAGAAGCCAUACUCCUGCUCUGACUGUGGAAAAUGUUUUAAAACAUUAUAUGAGCUAAGAGUUCAUCAGAGAACACACAACGGAGAGAAGCCUUACGUCUGCUCUGACUGUGGAAAAUGCUUCACAACAUCAACUGAUCUAAAAGUUCAUCAGAGAACACACUCAGCAGAGAAGCCUUACGUCUGCUCUGACUGUGGAACUAGUUUCUCGCAACUUUCCCACUUAAAAUCACAUGAUCGUAUACAUACAGGGGAGAAGCCAUACUCCUGCGCUGACUGUGGAAAAUGCUUCAAAACAUCAACUGUGCUAACAGUUCAUCACAGAACACACACAGGAGAGAAGCCUUAUUACUGCUCUGACUGUGUAAAAUGCUUCACAACAUCAGCUAAGCUAAAACUUCAUCAGAGAACACACACAGGAGAAAAGCCUUACUCCUGUUCUGACUGUGGUGUAAGUUUCUCUCGGCUUGAUACCUUAACACACCAACAGAUACAUAAAGGAGAGAAGCCAUACUCCUGCUCUGCCUGUGUAAAAUGCUUCAAAACAGCAACUGAGCUAAUAGUUCAUCAGGGAACACACGCGUGAGAGAUGCCGGCUUACGUCUUCCCUGACUUUUAGGUGAGUUUCUCUCAUCAUAGCAACUUAACACACCAAUGUAUACACACAGGAGAGAAGCAUUACUCCUGCUCUGUGGAAUGGUGGGCGUGUAACUCAAACUUCUAGCCAAAGUUUGCGUGUUUGAAUCUCAUCAAGGAGGACUUGGAUUUCACAUGACUGGGCAGGGGCUCGCCAUGGGUGGGACUUGGGAGCCAGGCCCAGCCAAUCAGCAUGAGUUUUCCCCCACAAAAGGUCUUUAUUACAGACAGAAAUACUACUCAGCCCCCCCCCCUCCCCUCUCCAGACAAUCCUGCAGGUGAAGAAGUCUUGGGCUACUGUGGUUACAUGUGAUCUGCAGUUCUGAGGCCGGUUGGAUAUACUGCCAAAUUCUCUAAAAGGACGUUAGAGGUGACUUAUGGUAGAUAUAUAAAUAUUGAGUUCUCUGGCAACAGCUCUGGUGGAUAUUCCUGCAGUCAUCAUGACAAUUGCACAUUCCCUGAACUUGAGACAUCUGUGACAUUGUGUUGUGUGGCCUUUUAUUGUCCCCCAGCACAAGGUGCACCCGUGUAAUGAUAAUGCUGUUUUAUCAGCAUCUUGAUAUGCCACACCUAUCAGGUGGAUGGAUUAUAUUGACAAAGCCUGAAAUGCUCACUAACAGGGAUAUAAACCAAGUUGUGCACAACAUUUGAGAGACAUUAGCUUUUUGUGCAUAUGGAACAUUGCUGGAUUUUUUUAUUUCAGCUCAUGAAACCAACACUUUACAUGUUUGGUUUAUAUUUUAGUUCAGUUUAUAUUGGUAGUCCAAUGUAAUGUAACCUAACAUACUAAAUGGAGUGGCACUGAUGCUUUUUGUAUAAUAUAAUAUGUUUUGCUCUGAGACCAGGUUGUCCCUCUGCAGUAUUCUGUGGGAAAGAGCUAGUAUACACUUUUUUUAUUGAACCUUUAUUUAACUAGGCAAGUCAGUUAAGAACCAAUUCUUAUUUACAAUGAUGUCCUAGGAACAGUGGGUUAACUGCCUUGUUCAGAGGCAAAACAACAGAUUUUUACCUUGUCACCUCGGGGAUUUGAUCAAGCAACCUUUUGGUUACUGGCCCAAUGCUCUAACCACUAGGCUACCUUACGCCCCUAACAUGUAUCAGAUAGAGAUGGUGUGAUGAUCACUUUUCACCACUAGUUUGGGGGGAUUGUUUUACAACUUUAUUUAAUGAGACACAGUUUAUGAAAUUAAUACAUGUGUUUAUUAAUUGUCUUUAAAGCUAGAUUAGUUAUUUUAGUUACUGAUCAUGAAUGUGUUUGGAUAACUGCAUUGAAGCAAACUUUAUUGAUCUGCUAAUGAAAAAUAACGUUACAUGAA